GGGGGGGCGGAGAAGAAACCUGUUUUACUACGCAUGCGUGCUGGGAUGGCGGCGACGCUUCUUUCUCUGCCGGUUUCCUUGGCUCGCCCCAGCCAGGGAGGGCUAAACCCCCUCCUCCUUCCUCUUCCCCCCGCCCGGCGGGGCUUCUAACUGACAGUUGGUCGCCGGGGUCCUGUCCACGCGCCGUCGCGCGCCGCCUUCUCCUGCCCAGGGUCCCCCCCGCCCCCUUCCCCCAGGUAGAGAGGGGCGGGAGGGGGUGUGGGGAAGAGAAGGAGGAGCCGGAGCCUGAGGAACCUAGAGCGGCGGCCACCGCGGCCCAGCCCGGCCAGGGCCGCCGGGGAAGGGAGGAGGAGAAGACCCCCCCCCCCUUCCCCUGUCCCCGUCCCCAGUCCCCCUCGUCCCUGCGCUGGGGCGCCCGACGCCCCGGCGGCGGUGGUGAGCAGUAAAGCGGGGGAGAGGGAGGAGGAGGUAGAGGGUUAAGGCGGAGGGGACUCUCGUGCCGGGGGUGGGGGGAGAGGAGGGCACUCGGGCCUCUCCUCCACUCCCCCCUACCCCGCACCAGCGCGCCAUGUAACCCCGCCCCGCCUGGAUCUCGAGACCCCCCUCCCUCUCUCCCCCGGACCACAACACCCCCAGCUCGCCGCCGCCACCCCCCCUCUCCGCGCGCGCGCACCGGGCAGCUGUCUGAGAGAGCCCGGAGGGGGCCGAGCGCCGAUGCGGAGGGGGCUCAGCCGCCCCGCGGGGCCCUGAGGAGGCCAGCCUCGCGCCCCCUCCCACCCGCCGCCGUCCCCCAGGCUCGAGCUGUUGCCGAGCCCGGGCCCACCGGGGACAUGAACGUGCUGGAGACGCUUGGGGAGAUGGAGCCGUCUGGGGAGGAGGAGGAGCGGCGGCAGCAGCAGGAGGAGGAGCAGCUGCAGCAGCCGGAGACCACGGCCGUAGAAGCGCUGACGGCCACGGCCUUGACUUCAGCGUCGGCCCAAGGAAGGAGCUCGCCUCUGGAGGAGGACGAGGAGGCGGUCGUGGUGGUCGAGGGCGGUGGCCAGGAGCAAGAGCUGACCUACGAGCUUCAGCAGGGCUAUCGCAUCCUGGGCGAGUUCUUGCUAGAGAAGCACCGUGGCCUGACCGGUCCCUUCUUGCAACCCGCCGGCGCUACCGCCGCCUCUGCUGCCUCUGCUGGCUGCGAGGAAGAGGAGGCCGUGGCCUGUGGGGUUCGAAGCACUGGGAGCGGGAGCCGCCCCCUCUCGCAGCCGGGUCUGGGCAUGUGUUUGCUGAAGAUGGAGGAGAAGUUCUCCAGUGGCCAGUACGGGGGCAUCACCGAGUUCGUGGCGGAUUUCAGACUGAUGCUGGAAACCUGUUACCGGCUGCACGGGGUGGACCACUGGAUGUCCAAGCAGGGUCAAAAACUGGAGAUGAUGCUGGAGCAGAAGCUGGCGCUCCUCUCUCGGCACUUGAGAGAAAAGACAACAAUAGCAGUUACAUCCAGAGGUUAUUAUGGAUUAGAGGAUGAGAAAGGAGCAGCAUGUACAUCAACAAGGCGUCGCUCUACACCUCGAAGUUUGGCAGGCUUGACAAGUGGAGUUUUUGAGUCUAUAAUGGUUCAAGUUUUGAGACAGGAAGAACAGCUAAGAGCAAAAGAAGAGAAAAGGCUACGGGAUCAAGAAAGAAAAGAAGCAGAAGAAGCUAGUCAAAAAGAAAUAGAAGAAUGGGAGAGAAAACUUCUGGCUCAGGCUGCUCCAACUUGCAUGGAGACCAUGUGGGAAAUUCCAGCUAUUGGGCAUUUCCUUUGUUUAGCCCAACAUAUUUUGAAUUUGCCCGAAAUAGUCUUUUAUGAGUUAGAACGUUGUCUUCUGAUGCCUCAGUGUAAUGCUUUCUUGUCAAAAAUAAUGACUUCUUUGUUAAGUCCUCCUCAUCGCAGACCUACCUUACAUAGGAGACCCACUCUGCCUUAUAGAACUUGGGAGGCAGCACUGAGGCAGAAAGUACAGCAGUGGUAUACUGUUGUUGGGCAGACUGAAAAUCCUGAUGGCUGUGCUGAGAAGCUUGGAUUGUGCCCUCAGUUUUUUAAAGUUCUUGGAGAAGUUAACCCUUUAGAGGACAAACCAUUUCAUGAACUCCCAUUUUACCAGAAAGUUUGGUUACUGAAAGGCCUCUGUGAUUUUGUAUAUGAAACACAAAAAGAAGUUCAAGAUGCUGUACUGGGACAGCCUAUCCAUGAAUGCAGAGAAGUGAUCCUUGGCUAUGAUUACCUAGAGAAUGCUUAUGUACAUUUCCCACAGUUUUGUGGGGCAGAUGUACGCAUUUACAAGCAGAGACCCUUUCAGGCACCUGAAUUCCCGAUUCCACCCAUUAAAAUACAAAGAGUACCUCGGAUUAAGCUUGAGAAAUUAAAGGGUGAAUAUGCUAGCAAAAGCAAUGGAGAGCAUAGGUGUAGCAACAGAGAAGAAUUACCUUCUGUCUCCAAAAGAGAACAGAUCAGUAUUGAAACUGUUUGCUGCCCAUCCAAAAUGCAUUUGGAUAAUCAUGGUGUCGCCAUGGAAAAGGAAAUAAAAAAUAACUGUGAAAUUAAAAUUCAUAGGCCCUGUGAAAGUAAAAAAAUGGGAUGCUGUAAAGAAAAUUUAGAGAAACCAAGUAGUCCAGGGGAAGUUACUGGCUUUGGGGAACCCCUCAGCCCAGGUGAAGUGAGGGUUAUAGAAAACAGGGAGAAAUAUGGCGAAGCUUCCAGAGUAAAAACUGAGCCUAGUCCUUUAAAAGAGAAUGCCCUUAAAACUUGCCAAGUACAUGUAAAUGGAAGUCACAGUGAUAAUCUAGAUGUGAACUGCCAUAAAGUUACAAGAGAUAUCAUAUUAGAACAUUCACUGCAGAAUCAUAAAAAACUCAAACUUAGUAAAAUACGGGCAAAAAAGAAGAAAAAGAAAAAAAAGAAAUUGAAAGAUGUCUUAAAUGAAAAUUUACAGAGAAAACGUGAAGGUCUUCAUUCUCUUACAUUCAAGUCUUAUAAACCUGAGAUCCAGAACAAGUUAUUUAUCAUCAAAAAGAAAGCUAAACACAAGAAGCACAAAUCUGGAAAAAAAUCCAUAUCUAAAAAAGCAAUCACAAAGAAGAGGAAAGCUGUCACAAAGUCACCUACUGUACCAGAGUUUCAGCUUAUUUGCACUAAUCUUGAUGAACUCAGGGAAUUAAUCACAAAAAUCGAGAAUGAACUCAAAGAUCUGGAAAACAGUAGGAAAAAAUCGGGAAAAUGGUAUCAUCGGAGGCAAGCUGUAAAAGAAUUACAUGGUACAUUGAUACGACUCCUAAAUGAAUUGCUGCCAUGGGAACCAAAGCUAAUGAAGGCUUUUCAAAGAAACAGGAGUCGACUAAAGAAAGACUAUGAUGAUUUCAAAAGACAACCAGAUCAUGAUAAAUUUACCCGAGAACUAUGGACUAAUGAAGAAGGUGAAGGAGAGCCUGGAAAAGAAUCUCCCAGAGUAGAAAUCAUCAAAUCUCUAGAAUCGGCAGACCCUCUGGAUAUUCUAGAGAAGGAACAUCUUGAUUCUGAUGACAUGAAACUGUCAGAAAUUGAUUUUCCCAUGGGCAAAAACAGGCUGUUAAAAAAAGAAUUGCCUUCUAAAGAUAUACAGAAGACACUGCCUAAAGCACUUAAACGACAGUCCAAACAAAAUAGUUUUCUGGAUGAUAGCACAAAAGAACUUUCACCAAGGAAGAAAGCAAAACUAAGCACAAAUGAAACUGCAGAUGAGAACUUAGAAGGUGGUAUGCAGGCUGACUGUUGUUUGAAUGAGUCCAAACAGACAGAGCCACCAUCUCCUGAGACUUUUGCCCCAGUAGACUCAACCACAUCUGUAUCUUCUUUCCUGAAAGGGACCAAACCUAUUCAGGCUUUGCUUGCAAAGAAUAUUGGGAACAAAGUGACCUUAACCAAUCAGCUGCCAACUUCGAUAGGUAAGAAUGUACCUGCCUUGGAAAAAACAGUUACAUCUUCUACAGAAGUAAGCCCAAUAAAGCCAGCAUUGACCUGCCAGACCAGUAACAAGGGUCCUUUACAGAUGGUGUACAAAAUGCCCUGUGGCCAGUGUGUGCCAAUAGAUCUUCAUAAUAGCUCUGUGAAGAUUCAGAUGCAGCCCGUGACAGAUCCUAAAACAGGAGAGAAAGUCAUGCAGCAAGUUCUUAUUCUGCCUAAAAAUUUUCUGAUUCAGCACAAAGAAGGAAAGACUGUUGUUACAAAAGAAAUCCAGUCAUUUCAACAAAAGUGUCCAGAACAGCAUUGUUCAUCUUUCCCACAAACAACAAAUGUAAAUUCUUCUUUAGCACCAGUUCUUGUAAACCCAAAUGGAAAUAUUUCAGCACAACUGUCUAAUACAGUUUUCAACAAGAGUAUUACAUCUUUACCAAAUGUGAAUAGUUCUAGGCCACAGACUUUGCCCUCUCUAACAUCAGCAAAUAAUUUAGCCCUACCAGUUAAAACAAGCCAAAGUGAAACUGGAAAAAUUAAGAAUAUAGUUUCCACAGCCACAUUCCCCAGACCUGUUGCUUCACCCACCAUUUCUUCAACAGUUCAGCCUCUAAUAUCAGCAACAACACUAAGUGGAACUGCAAAUCCUAAUGGUUCCCUUCACAAUUUAGCAUCACAGCCAAAUACUGAUUCUUCUGAUGCAAAGCAAGAACUUAAAACUGUUUGUAUAAGAGAUUCACAGUCAAUCCUUGUCAGAACACGUGGUGGAAACACUGGAGUUGUAAAAGUGCAGACCAAUCCAGAUCAAAAUUCACCUAAUAAUCUGUCUCCAAAUUCAGUUUUCACAUUUACCCCUCAGCUUCAGGCAUUUCUAGUGCCCAAAUCCACAACUUUGUCAUCCUCCACUUUUUCACCAGUAGCAGGAGCAACAGCUACAUCUUGCCUCCCUCCUUUUGCCCAGUCUUCUGUUUCUGGGUUCGGUCCCCCACCAUCUUCUGUUUCCAUUCCAGCCCCUGCUUCAGGUUUUAAUCAGACAACAGGGAAGAACCUCAAACUUACUUUAGGCCAACCUUCCUGCACUAGUAAUUUGGGACAAAUGGUAGAUAAUAAAACUGUACCAGUAUCCUCUUCUUCCUCUUUCCUGCCUUCUGUUUCUUCUGGUCCCUUACAUCAGUCAACAACAAGCAAUUCAGUUAAUGUAAUUAGCAUUUCAGCAGGAAAUUUUGGACAAACCAACACAAGUAUAAUCCAUACUCCAACUUCACAACAGGUAGAUUAUAAAACAAAGAAUUACCCUGUUACUCCACCUGAGUCAACGAUGACGACAAAUGGAGAUGUGAUCAGUGGUACUCCAGUUCAAAAACUCAUGCUAGUCACAGCUCCAUCUAUUCUUUCCCCAUGUGGUAGUGCUGCAGUUAACAUGGUGCCUACUCCAACAUCCACAGGUGUUUCCACUCAGAAAUUAGUUUUCAUUAAUGCUCCCAUGUCCAGUGGCACUUCAACUCCAGCUAUAAUUGCAGAAUCAUUAAAACAGGCUCGACCUCCCUCCCUGAGCAAAACCUAUGUUAAAACCACAGAACAACCUCAAAUAGUGCUAAUUCCAUCUUCAGUGGGAGCCCCAAUAAAAAUAAAUUCAUCACCUACUGUGUCUCAAAUAAAAGAUGUAAAAAUUGGACUGAACAUAGGCCAAGCCAUUGUAAAUACUACAGGCAGUGCUCCAAAUGUUCCAUCAAUUAACAUACUGCAGAAUGUAACUCCAAAAGGAGCAGAAGAAAAAGGCAGCAAAAACUUUAUUUUGCCUUUGUCCACAAGUGGUAGCUCAGUUCCAGUAAGCUCAAGUUUUAUGAAUCAAAAUGUUGCACCCAUUAAUGAACCAGUGAUUUCUACAGCAAGAGCAGUUAACAAGUUUUCAGUAACAGCAAAUGCGUCUUUGACUUCUCUUUCAACAACAUCAAGUUGUGCUUCAGUUGGGACACGACCUACAGUUUUAGUUAGUGGAAAUGAAACUUCUUCAAGAAUCAUGCCAGUUUUAACAAACAGAUUGUGUACAUCAAAUAUUGGAAACACUGUGGCUAUUUCAACUGUGAAAACAGGGCAUCUUGCAUCAUCUGUGCUGAUUUCAACUACUCAACCAACAAUGUCUCCUCAGUGUUUAACAUCAGCUUUACAGAUCCCAGUUACUGUUGCCUUGCCGCCUCCUGUCACUGCAUCUCCUAAAAUAAUCAACACACUUCCCCAUCUGGCAGCAGUUCCAGGUGCCACACAUCCUGUCCCCCUUCCUAAAAGACAAUCGCAGAAUUUUGUCCAGUUUCAAUCACCAGGGAUUUCAGCUACAGUGCCAUCAAAUGCAAACACAAAUAAACCUCAAUCUGUAUUACCAUCUGCUUCACUGAAUGCAGGUAAAAUAAUUAGUUUUUCCAACUUUGCUUCUCUGCCAAACCAGCAAAUGCCUCCAACUUUGGUAAAAUCAGCUCAUACUUAUAGUUGUGCACCAGGUACCUCUGCCAUUCAAACUGCUACUGCACCUUCAAAUGUAACUAGUCUGGUAGGGGGUCAGUUAAAUGAACCUUGCAUUCAGCAAAAAAUAGUUAUCAACACCAGUACCCCUUUGGCACCUGGGACUCAGAUCAUGAUUAAUGGCACCCGAUUUAUCGUUCCUCCACAAGGUCUUGGAGCUGGCAGUCAUGUUCUUCUCAUUUCUACGAAUCCAAAAUAUGGACCUCCUUUACCUCUUAAUAGUGGUCAAGGUAUUCAGCCUGCAACUCCUGAUAGUCUUGUGCAGAAGAUUACAGUGGCACCCAGUAGUUCUUUGAGUUGGCAACCUGCAAAACAUCCCCUAAAAAGCUCUACAAAAAUUGUAAACUCUCUGGGGAAUGCAAGCACUGUACCUGUUGUACAUGCAACACCCCAAGUAGUAAACACAACUGCUAAAGUGUCUGCUCCAACCCCCAUGCCAGCAGUGUCAUUGACUUCAGUAAUAAAACCUCCUCCAUCUACUCUCCUUGCUAAAACUUCUUUGGUUUCUGCAGUACAUGCGGGUAACCCUCAGCUGCCAAGUAGUGCAUCAGUAUUCCAUUUGGACACAUCAGUGAAAAAACUGUUGGUUAGCCCAGAAGGAGCUAUCUUGAAUGCCAUAAAUACUCCAGCAUCUAAGGUUUCUUCGCUCUCUUCGUCUCUUUCUCAUAUUGUAGUAUCUGCUAGCCGAAAUUCUGCCACUGUCUUCCCUACUUUUCCAUCAUCUGGCUUAGAAAAGCCUGACACAGCUGCAUCUUGAAUUUAGACUAAAUGAGCCAGUUUUAAAUAUUGGGGCAUUGUUUUGACUCCCAAAUAAAUUUUAACUGUUUAUUAUACUGUUGAAAACAUACUAUAUACAUAGUUGUUUUUUUUCCUAUAUCUUUUCAUUAGAUUACCACAGGGUUUUGUUUGCUUGGGGCGGGAAAAAAUGUUAAAUUUCACUCAAAUGUAUGGGUAUGUUUUCAAGGGUUGUUUGUUUGAUAAAGGUCGGAAUGACCUGUCUGUUAACAUACAUUACACAAGUCAAGUUUGACUAGUUUAGAAUAAUCUAGCCUUUUGCACAUUUGCAUUGACCUGUUUCCUCUUGAAUUUGAACUGUUGCAGCGUGUCUACAAUACGGUAAUCUGUGUCUUUCAUUUGUGAAAUCUUAUUUUUGUUUCUGUAAAAAAUAUAUAUAUAUAUUUAUGCAUUAUAAAAAUGCAGUCCAUGUUGUAAAAUUGUACAUAUUCCCAAAUCCCUAAUAACAAUCUGUACUAAACUAUAUGUACAAAGAACUAUGCUGUCUUAUUUAUGUUUUGUUUACAUAAUGUAUAGUUUUUUAAGUAUUUUAGUAAUUUUGGACCAGUGUACUGUUAGCAACAAUGCAGAAGAAUCUGCAUGUAAUAAAAAGAAGUUGCUGUA